AAAAGGUGUAUGGAAAAAAAGAGUCUUAUACUCGCGCAUAACCUGUGACGUAAUCGAUGACGAAACGCUGACCAAUAGGACGGUCGCGCAUGGAUGAAAAGGAAGCCAAGUUUUCUAAAGGAUUCAUACUUGUAAACUCACUCGCAAGAGUCACAUACACCAGGAGAUUUCUCUACGGACAGUAAUCCAUUGAUAGCCUGACACCAGACCAGAUAAAAAAAUAUCCGAAAGAGACACUAAAGAUAAAAAAGAUAUGUAUAGGCCUACGAUUUUGUUUGCGCUGAUGAUCAGUGCCAUGAUGGCUGGCGUUGGCAAUACAGAAGAUAUUGGAGAAUUCGAAGCGGGACAAAUACAGAACACAGUUGGGCUUGGUAUACCAAAGAUAUGGCCGGAUGAGGGCGACAUUGCUGAGCUUGCUGAAGAGCAAAUUGCGCAACACGAAGAGAUUAUCAACUAUUUGAAUCAUUUAAGAAAUGAAUAUUUGCAAGGAAGCCAAACGAAAAGAAGUGGGUUUUUCAACAGGCGCUCGGGAAGUCCGAUGUACGACGUACCGUCACAGGACUGGAAUAAAAGAGGCGAUUUUACAUCAGCCAAACGAAGCGGUUUCUUUAAUCGAAAACGAAGUGGAUACGAGCAGAGAAAGUAGAGCCUAGUUUAAAUGAUACUUAUGGUAACAAGAUAGGGAACAAAUAUGUUAAUAAAUUAUUUUCUUAGGCAUAAAAUUCAUUUUUAAAGAACUGUUUUUGGGGAAUAUACAGUACAAUAAACGUUUUCUAGAAUUGUUCUCAUUAACGAUGUUGUAGGGGAUCUAUGGCAAUACCGAAACCUGCACAUUGAACAUUGUUGCUUUAAUUGAUUGCCAAAUAAUUUGAACACAUUUUCUCUACUGAAUAAGAGAUCAUGCUAUCUUUGAUCUUGAUUGCCGUCCGUUUCAAUCUAUAAGAAAAAACAAGAAGAAGAAGAAAUGACCUGUGCCCAAGUCUCUAUGCCACGUACUGUAAUUCACAAGUUUAAGAGGGCGUGUUCUUUCGUUUACAGUAACUCUAAAAUGCGACAUAUUAAUGUACAUAUUAUUAUCUAAACGAAUUAUAGGAAAUUAUUUUAAUUAGUGUUUCUUGUAUCUUCACGUAUUUGUGCUGUCAUUUUUCUUCUCUCAACAUCUAUUAUGAAGAUAUUUCUACGAAACUGUUAUGCUAAAAAAAAACUCACCAAAAUUCAGCUGAAUAUUAAUUUUCUUUGUCGUUUAGCCUUAAAAUGUUCACAAUACCAUUAGAUGAUUAAAAGUCAGUUGUUAAAACAAAUUUAUUUCAUAAUAAAUUGAUUAAAAUAACAAAAUAUGAGCCGAAGACUUAAUUGAAUGGAAGACUUCGAAUUUGUUUAAAGUAUAAUGAAGUUAAGUUGUAAAUUAAUCAUUCAUUCGUGUAAAUUGAAUCAGUGUUGUGUUAUUAGUAGUAGUUUGGAAUUUCAGUGCCAGUGACGUAAGAUAUCAUGCAUGUACAUAGAGUGGUUAUAAAUAGGCUUACUAGAGUGCAAGUUAAAGGAGAGGCCUAGAGUUUUCAUUCCUAAAAAAUGGUCACACGAUCACGCUAGAACGCAACCAUGUCUGCUGGGAUUGAGUGAACCCGGUCACGUAUUGGCGGGAGUGUGCGUGUGAUUAAACAUUUCAUCGGCCUUAAAAUUUUGCUCACCCAGAAGUUCGAAUUUGAACUCAUUCCUAACGUUAAAGUCCCAUAUUUGAGUGGCUUAUGCGUGACAAAUUUAUGUAAAUCUUCUAUUUUAUUGUUGUAGAUGAUCAACUGUAUUUGGGGUUAGAAAUUAUGCAUGAUUUCUCUGUGAAGAAUAUGACGUCCUCGUUAAGAUAAUUAUUUACGUUAAAUUGAUAUAAUGUUUUAUUAAUAAUUAUAAAGAAAUUAAAUGCACCAUGUUACACCUUGAA